AUGUCCUCAAGAAUACGCUCGCCGGAUCCCGUUGCCAAAUACUCGUAUUACACAACGCGCCAAGCUACUGAAUAUCGUGAGCCCUUAAAAUAUAAACAGGUCGACGAUGGAACAUGGGACUGUACUCUGAUCCACCACGAACUGGAAGCCCUUGGGAAUCUUCCCACUCGUGUGAGCAUCAUGAAGAGCAUCUACGCCUCGCUACUCUUUGCAGCAAUCAGCUUUGCCGAAACAUUGCCGCCGCUGUCCAAACCGGUCGCCCAGUCCGUCGCCUGGAACUCCUCUUUCAAGUUCUCCGAUGCGCAAAUCGAGCUGGGCCAAUUAUGGCCGGAUUUGGCGGACAGUCUUGAGACAGUCCUCAAUUUCGAUCGGUCGCAACUCGCCCACGGCGGCCCUAGCCAAGACGAUUUCUAUAAGCUAGACAACUCCACCUUUAAAACCCCCAAUGCGCCCGGUCAGGUCCUCAAGGUCGAGCACAGUACUGAUCCCGCCCAGUGGAAUCUCCCCGCGACUACAGCCUUCUCCCGCUUCAUCUACACGACAACGACUGCCAAUGGGACUUUGGUUCCGGCCUCUGCAUAUAUCCUCUGGCCCUUCACGCCUAGGCAGUUUCAGUCCUCGAAGGGCAAAGCCCCUGUUGUGCUCUGGUCGCAUGGGACUUCCGGGUUCUUUGCAGACGGUUCCCCGUCCGCGCAUCGGUCUCUGUUUUACGGCAACAUCAUGCCAUUCACCCUUGCCCAAGCUGGCUACGCUGUAGUUGCCUCCGACUAUGCAGGCCUUGGCGUUCAGACCUCUUGGGAUGGCAGCGAGGUAUCCCACCAAUACCUCAACCGCUUGGCCAAUGGCUUCGACAGUCUGUAUGCUCUCCGCGCCGCCCGUAGAGCAUUCUCCGACAAGAUCACCGACGAGUAUGUCAAUGUGGGCCACAGUCAAGGUGGUGCCGCUGCCUGGGGGGUUUCUGAGAUCCUCGCUGAGGAUUCCGAAGGGAAGCUUCAUGACUUGGAGAAAGGCUAUCUCGGAUCUAUCCUGUUCGCGCCCGCUAUAAACGCACUCGACUCCCUCCCUCAAGUUUUUGCUCCCUGGAUCGGCAAAGACCUGCAUUUGCUGUACCCCAGCUUCAAUCUAUCCGACUGGCUCUCUCCUCUGGGAAUUGCUCGUACAGAGCUCCUGACCCAGAUCCAAGGGGGGCAAUACGUGUCCGAGAUUCUCUUCUUGGCAAACGCCACCGAUAUUCUGAACCCUACGUGGAACGAGACAUGGUAUAGAACGGCAUACGAAGAGCUCACCAAUCCCGGAAAUCGCCCGUACAAGGCUCCCAUGCUCCUCUUCCAAGGAACGACUGACCAAGGAACCGAGGCAUAUAAGACCAGUCUGGCGAUAUUUGAGGCUACCUGUGGGAAACACUACAGUGGGCCAUUCGAGUAUAGAGCCCUGACCGGCGUUGGCCACUUUCCUUCCAUGGAUUCUACUCGGCACCAGUGGCUGCAAUGGAUCGAGGAUCGCUUCAAUAGCAAGCCUAUCGAAUCCAAGGAAAAGUGCCCUAAGUCCACGGUGAACAGCUUUUUGCCGAUCGGCGCAUAUCAGAAUUUCAGCACGUCAUUUUCGCAAUGGGCCGGUGGCCAAGGUGAGUUCUACCAACUGGUCGCGGGUGGCUUCUAG